AUGAGAAGAGCUGCUUUUACACUUGCAUUAGCAUUUGGCAUAGUUGGAUUCGCCCAAACCGCCCCAAUAGUUGAACCGUCUAUUCUUAAUUAUAUAACUGAAGAUGGUGCCCAACUUAGACUAACUGAACAAGGAAGUCAAAAACUUAUUACAGAUGUCUAAGGUUACAUCGCAAAUCAAUUGAAUCAAUACAAGAGGGCCGGCCUUAUUCUUCAAGAGGUCCCUGUUGAUGGAUCUACCACCUAAGGAUAAACAACUCCAGCUGAAGGAGGUAAUGCUGGUGCUACUAGCGCAAACCAAGCUGAGGGAGCAGGUACCACUGAUGCAACAACUAACAGUACACCAGAAUCUGGGGGUGAAACUGGAAAGGAUGGAUAAACAACCCCUGCUAAUGCUGAUGCUACUACUAGUGGAUCAACAACUGGAGAAAAUGCCAGCACAACCGGAGGUGAUCAAGCUACAACCAAUGAGGGAUCAACAACUAGUGGAAGUGUAAACACAAACCCUGAUGCUUCAACAGGAUCAAAUACUGAUACUAAAACUGCUUCAAAUACUGAGACUAGUCAAGGUACAACCUCUGAGGCUGGCGCUGGCUCAAACACUGGAGCUGGUUAAAAUGCUGACACCACUACCACAAAUGCCGGCACUGGUUCAACCACUGAGGCUGGAACUGGCUCAAAUACAGAUACUAAGACCGAAGCAGGAACUGGUUCAAAUACUGAGGCUGGAACUACUUCAAAUACAGAUACUAAGACGGAGGCAGGAACUGAUUCAAAUACUGAGGCUGGAACUACUUAAAAUACAGAUACCAAGACCGAAGCAGGAACUGGUUCAAAUGCUGAGGCUGGAACUACUUAAAAUACAGAUACCAAGACCGAGGCUGGAACUAACACAAAUACCGAGGUAGGAACUGGUCCAAACACUGAGGCUGGAACUGGCUCAAAUACAGAAACUAAGACUGAGACUGCAGCUGGCUCAACCACUCAGACUGGAACUGGCUCAAAUACAGAUGCUAAAACUGAGACUGGAACUGGCUCAAAUACAGAAACUAAGACUGAGACUGCAGCUGGUUCAAACACUGAUACUGGUGUUAAGACUGAUGCAGGCAAAGAAGAGGCAAAGACUGAAACUCCAAAAGCAUAAGAUCAAACUCCAAAAGCUGAGGAGAAAAAAUCAGAAGAUCAAACUCCAAAAGCAGAAGAGAAAAAAUCAGAAGAUCAAACUCCAAAAGCAGGUGACCAACCAAAGCCUCUCCCAUAAGAACAAAAGAAAAUUGAUGAAUCACCAAAAACUGAUGAUAAAAAAAGCGAAUCAACAACUAAGGAUGAAGGAGGCUCAAAUGGUCUUAUAUAUGCUAUCAUUGCACUAGCUAUUGCUGCCCUUGGAGGACUUGGAUACUAUCAAUUUGUCUACAAGAAGAGAAACCAAGAUGGAUAUACAGCUGCUCACUGA